CAACUCAGAAUUCAGAAUCCCACCUCACCCACCGGCCGGCCACCACCCAGCCACGCACAGCUGCGAUCGCACCACGCAGCCACCAGCCGAUUCCUCAAUCCUCCCGCUGUGUGACGCAAAGCCCGAAAGUCCAACCGCGCAACGCGACGCAGGCACACAUCGCGCCGGCAGUCAAACCCGAGGCAACCAAGGAAGAGGACGAGCCGACGAGGGAGGCAGCAAAUGCGCGCGUGAGGUGGCCCCCGACCCACCGACGGCGCGCGGCAAUGGGCCGGCGGAUCGACCUCUCCGGCGCGGAGAUCCGCGGGGACCCGGCGGAAGACGGGGGCCCGCCCAUCUUCCUCCCGCGCCAGCCCGCCGCCUCCCCCCUCCUCGCCCUCGACAUCGGAGGCACCCUGAUAAAGCUGGUGUACACGGCGAGUUGCGGCGGCGAGGCGGAGCUGCGGUUCGCCAAGUUCGAGAGGCGGAGGCUGGAUGAGUGCUUCGAGUUCGUCCGGGCCGAGGGGCUCCUCGGCUGCAAUGGGACAAAGACAGGGUCAAGCAAAGAAAAUAUGAUACUGAAGGCUACAGGUGGUGGAGCAUAUAAAUUUGGUGAUGAUUUCCGGGAGAAAUUAGGUGUUUCUCUUGACAAGCUUGAUGAAAUGGAUAGCGUUGUUUCUGGAGCAAACUUUUUGUUACAGAAUGUUCCUGGGGCAGCCUUCACUCACAUGAAUGGAAAGAGGAAUUCAGUUGAUAUUUCCCCAGAUAACUUGUUUCCUUACCUUCUUGUCAACAUUGGCUCAGGGGUUAGCAUAUUAAAGGUGAAUGGAAAUAGAAAAUUUGAAAGGGUUACUGGGACACAUAUUGGUGGAGGUACUAUGUUUGGUUUAGCAAAACUUUUAACAGGCUGUAAGAGUUAUGAUGAAUUCUUGCAAUUAAGCCAGAAAGGGGACAAUUUUGUACUUGAUCUAAUUGUGAAGGAUAUAUGUGGGGAGCUUGUUUGCCAGAAGCAAGGACUAUCAACAUCAACUCUUGCUUCUAGCUUUGGAAAAGUUAUUACGUCCAUGAAAAAGCUAACAGAUUAUAGAUCUGAAGAUCUUGCAUCUACAUUGUUGAGCGCCUUUACCUAUAACAUUGCACAAAUUUCUUUCCUUGUUGCAUCACUCUUGGGCCUCAGAAGGGUCUUUUUUGGUGGAUCAUAUAUACGUGGACACAAAAGCACAAUGGAAAAUAUUUCUUAUGCACUUGACUUCUGGUCACAGAGUCAAAACCAAGCUGUAUUCUUGCAACAUGAAGGGUAUUUAGGUGCUCUUGGUGCCUUGAUGAGUUACGGGGGUCCCAGAGAUGAAAACUUGACCCUCGAGGAUUCUCAAGAGAAGCUUAAUUUUGGGUUUCUCCCAUUGCCGAAGGAAAACACUCAAGAAUCAGCAGCUCCUCCUGCUGACGUGACUUCAGCAGAUGAACAUAAUGACAGCAACAUAUUUCCUUAUCUCCUUGUUAAUAUCGGAUCUGGUGUCAGCAUGAUAGAGGUAAUUGGUAAGGGGAAGUUUGAGCGAAUCAUUGGAUCCCAUCUGGGUGGUGGUACUAUCCUUGGUCUUGCAAGGCUUUUAACUGGCUGUUCCAGUUAUGAGGAAUUCUUGGAUCUGAGCCAGAGGGGCAAUAAUUUAGCCGUUGAUUUGACCGUUGGAGACAUAUACGGGGAGCAUGGUUAUCCAAAGAUUGGUCUUCCAGCAUCCACUACUGCGGCAAGCUUUGGAAAAGUGAACUCAAGCAAACUUUCAGAUUACAAAGUAGAAGAUCUUGCAGCAGCUCUACUCAACUCUUUCACCUACAACAUUGGACAGAUAGCCUACUUUGUGGCUAAUCUGUCAGGCCUAAAGAGAAUCUUCUUUCGAGGUGCUUAUGUUUGUGGUCAUGAGAAGACCAUGGACAAGAUUUCUCGUUCCCUCAAGUAUUGGUCCAAAGGUGAAGUUCAAACGACAUUUCUGUGUCAUGAAGGGUUCUUGGGAACCCUAGGUGCAUUUUGGAGUUACGAGAACAUGGGAAUUGACGGUUUGGCAUCACAUGAAGUCAUUAGGGAGGUCUUGCUUGGUGCUCCGUACACCGGGCAGUUCCCAUCUGUACCACUGACUCAAGAGCAGGACGAUGGAGAAGAUACAACCUCUGAAGUGGAGAUGGAGAGGCUGCGGCAUGACAAUGCUGUUCUGAAGGCUGAGCUUGAACGUCUACAAAGGGAGAAUGCAGAGCUGAAAGAUAGGUUAGUAAAAUGUGGUGAAGCGUCUAACUUGUAAAGUAAUAAAAGUAAGGUCACAGUGGUUAAGAGUGAAUCCAUCCAUGGUACAAAGAACAACAUGGUGAUACGUGGGGCACAAACAGCCUCAACUUGUUGUAACCUGUAGUAGUUUUGGCAAUGGUUCAAGGGUCGUUUGCACAGAAAGAAUUCACACAUGUAGUUGCCCCAAAGUAGCAUCACUCUUAUAGUGAGCCCAUGUUGUAUAAUUUAUUUGUAAUUUUUAUACAAGAGAGUUUGUGUCUAUUUCCAUUUUUAUGGUGUAACCUUUACUGUUUGUGUUGUAAAUACAGAAGCAGUAUGCUUAAAUUAAUUAAUAAGACAUGGUCUUGUAAAUAUAUUUUAAAAGUA